AUGUCUGAACCCGUUCAGCUUUGGCUGGACUGCGAUCCAGGUCACGAUGACGUCUUCGCCAUCCUGCUCGGCGCAUACCACCCAGGCAUCAAGCUCCUGGGCAUCAGCACGGUGCACGGCAACGCCUCACUAGACAAGACGACCAACAACGCGCUAUCGGUACUGAAAGCCAUCGGCAAGCACGACGACAUAGCCGUGUACCCGGGCGCCGCGCAGGCGCUCCAGCGCGACCCCAUCCACGCGCCCACCGACAUCCACGGGGAGUCCGGGCUAGACGGCACGAGCUUGCUGCCGAAACCAGCCCGCAAAGCGCAAACGGACAAGUCGGCCGUCGACGCCAUGGCCGACGCGCUGCGCGCCACGGCGCCCGGCUCGGCGUGGGUGGUCGCCACGGGCGGCCUAACCAACGUCGGCGCGCUGUUUCAGGCGCACCCGGAGCUAAGGGCGCAUAUCGCAGGUCUGAGCAUCAUGGGCGGAGCCGUGGGCGGGGGCUUCACACCAGCAGUAAUGAGUCGCGUGGAUGAUCACGAGGCCGAGGAAGGACAAGAUGAGAAACAAGAGGCGCGCGUGGGCAACUACACGCGCUGGGCCGAGUUCAACGUGCUGAUCGACCCCGAGGCGGCGGCGCUGCUGUUGGAGGACCCCGUGCUGGCGCCCAAGACGACGCUGGUGCCGCUAGAUUUGACGCACCUCAUGCUGGCCACGCGCGACAUGCAGGAUAUGCUGCUGUAUGGACGUGGUGGUGAGGGCUCGACGGUGAGCGAGGUCGCGCGGGAGGACCGCGAGGAGGGAAGGGAGCCUAAGUCUAGGCUAAGGGUUAUGCUCAUUGAGCUGCUGAAUUUCUUUGCUGAGACUUAUCGCGACGUAUUCGGCAUAAUGGAAGGCCCGCCCCUGCACGACCCGCUAGCCGUGGCGGCGAUCCUCACAGGCACUUCGCACGAGAUCCCCUUCUACGACUUCGACCCCAAAUCGGCCGAGGGCCCGGAGCGGCGCGGGCGCGAGCGGUUUGCGGUAAAGGUCGUGACCGAGGGCUCGCUGGAUGACGCGCUGCACCGCGGCGCGCAGACGGGCCGCACACUCGUGCAGCUCCUACCGCCCGGGAGCGAGGGCGUGCGCAUCCCGCGCGGCCUCGACAUCGAGAGGUUCUGGCGCGUCGUCGAGGAGUGCUGCCAGAGGGCCGACGAGGCGAAUGCGCGCUUGGGCGGGGAGCUGAGGUAG